UUAACAACUCAUAACCAUCAUCACUAUACAAAGCAAAUACCUCUUCUACAGACUGGAACAUCUUCGUUCUUGAAAAUUAAUCUUUCAAAAAGUUUUAACUACACCAAAAAAUAUGGAAGCAGCAUCGCUUCUUUCUUCUUCUUGCUUCACUGCCUCUUCCCUUCCUUCAUCUCUUUGUCCUCAAAAUCUCCACCACAGGGACCUGUUUCCAUUAACUGUAAAUCCUCAGAGAUGUCGAAUAGCUGUUGUCUGUAAAAAGUUGAGCUUCUGCACAAAGGCAGCAGUUAGAGGAAAUGUGCAGUCAACAGGAGUUCCAACUUCUGUUCCAGUAAGAGUAGCACAUGAGCUUCAUCAAGCUGGGCAUCGAUAUUUGGAUGUUAGGACUCCUGAAGAGUUCAAUGCAGGGCAUGCCCCUGGGGCUAUUAACAUCCCUUACAUGUACAAAGUUGGAUCAGGAAUGAUAAAGAACCCCAAUUUUCUGACGGAAGUAUCAUCACAUUUUGGAAAAUAUGAUGAAAUUAUUGUUGGGUGUCAGCUUGGGAAAAGGUCUCUAAUGGCAGCCAGCGAUCUUUUAGCUGAUGGCUUUACUGCCGUUACGGACAUUGCUGGAGGGUAUGCGGCCUGGACUCAGAAUGGGCUUCCAACAGAAUGAUGAUGCAGCAGGCUUGCGGAGAAUGAGUUGCUGAUAGACACAAUAAAGUUGGCAGACAAAAACUAUAUGCCAAGUAAGGAAAAGAUCUCACAAAAUGUAGCCACUGAAUAACCAGAAAGCAGUAAAUAUUACAUUUACCGAAUGUAUGUGAACGUGAAUGUCUGGAGAAAAUCGUUCCUGUUGUUCUGUACGGAAAAGGAAACAAACAAAUAAUAGACGAUUGGAACUUGUGGACUUUGUACAUGUAAACCUCUACUUUUUCUCUUGAUAUAAAUAUCGCUUCUUGCCUA